CGGGGCGGGGGCGCAGCCGGCGGGGCGGCCGCCCCGGGGGCAGGAUGGUCGGGCAGCGCGGCCGGCGCGGCGGGGCAGGCGGGCGCGAUGGAGCCGCCUGAGGGCUGGGACCCGUACGGGCGGCCGGCCCGGCGGACGCAGUGGCUGGUGAGCGCCCUGGCCUACCACUACGGGCUGGACCGCGGCGUGGAGAACGAGAUCGUCGUCCUGGCCACCGGCCUGGACCAGUACCUGCAGGAGAUCUUCCACCACCUGGACUGCGCCGGGGCGGGCAGGAUCCCCGGCGAGGACUUCCGGACGCUCUGCCAGGUGCUGGGGCUGGAGGAGGCGGCGGAGGCGGCGGCCGACCCCGAGGAGUGCGCGGGGCUGUGGGAGGGCCUCUCGGCCGAGCUCACCUUCCGCCAGUUCCACGCCCGCCUCUGCGGCUACUUCAGCACCAAGGCGGGCAGCGCCCCGCGCCGCGCCGUGCCUCGCCUGCCGCUGGGCCGGGAGAGCGAGCACAUCGAGACCCAGAUCCGCCUGCGCAGCCCCCGCCGCCGCCGCAGGGACCCGGCCGGACCCGGCGCGGCGGGACGGCCCGGCGGCGGCGGGGGGGAGGCGGCGGGGCGGCGGCCGGCGGGGCCGUGCUCGCGGGAGUGCUACGAGGAGAUCGUGGCGCUGGAGCAGGCCGAGGACCGCAUCGCCAAGCUGGAGGAGGAGAACGGCAGCCUGCGGGAGCUGGUGGAGGACAUGCGGGCCGCCCUGCAGAGCAGCGACGCUCGGUGCCUGGCCCUGCAGGUAGGACUGCGGAAAAGCCGUGCUAACCAUAAGGAAGAGGGGACCUGUUUUACAGGGAGUAAGAGACAGUUAACACAGAACCACUCCCAGACCAAGUGCCUUCAAAGUGUCCUGAAGGAAGUGGAACUCAUUCGGAGCUCCAGGGAUGGGCAAAUUGAAGAAGCAAUUAGGUUCAAUCAGGAGUUGGAAAGAGAGCUGAAGAGCUCUCAGGAAGCUCUGGUCAAUCUGGAAGACUGCAACCGUAACCUGAAGAGGGAACAAGCAGAAAUGAGGAAGAAGGUUGAAGAGGCGAGACAUGCCGUCCUUAACAGUCUUGGCAAAGUGAAGGAGCUAGAAGUGAAAGCUAACGAAGUGCCACAUCUGCAAAUAUACAUUCAGCAGCUAGAAUCGGAACUGCAGCACUAUAGAUCGGACAUUGUGGUAUCUCCACUUCCCUCAAGCGGCAGCCCAGAGCAGAAAGAGGGAGCAGCCUUACCGGAUGGAAGAUGCUGCCUGCCUGUUGUGCAACAAGACCGACGAUCUCCCACGGGUGGAGCUGGGAUUUCUGAGAACGAGGAUCAGCUGUUCCGCUCUGUGGAGGGCCAGGCUGCCUCUGAUGAAGAGGAGGAGAAGUGGGCAGGAGACCAGCAAUCCCAGGUGGACCAAGUGAAGAAAAUACUGGCCAGGCUCCCUUGCUGUGGCAGCGGAUGUGAUGAGAAAAUGUGGAAAAAGCUAAUGUCUUACUUGGAGACCGCCAAUACCGACGGCUGUGAGACAGCCCCUGCAGAGCUCGCCGAGAGAAUCACACAGCUAACUGAACAGCUUGAGCUUAAAGGGCAUGAAGUGAAAAAACUGGAAACAAAUAUGGAAGAGAUGAAAGGCCCAUUGCUAGGUGAACUGCAGCAAAAGGUGGAGGAGACCGAAUUGUUGAAGAUGGAGCUGCAGAUGUUGGAGACUGAGAGAGUUAGGCUGUCACUGGUGGAAGAAAAGCUCAUGGAUGUUUUACAACUUCUUCAACAACUUCGAGACUUGAACAUAUCUAAGCGAGCCUUGGGGAAAAUCUUGCUGAGCACUUUGGAAUCCUGCCGUGACCCCCAACCUGGAAAAGCCCGCCUAUUUGAAGUCCUAGAUACUCUUUACCACGAGCUGACAGCCUGUGAACUCUUACAAAGCCAGCCUCUGGAGAAGGCGCAGAGUCGCCAGUCCUUGUCUAACCCACUGGUCAUCUCGUGCUGAGCAGCAGCGCCAACUACAACCCACACGACCAGCCAAACAACAGCCCUCGAUCAUUCAAACACAUCAUGAAGGAAUAAGAUUUGUGCAAUUCAACGGAGCUCAGUAAUGGAGAAGAGCAAUAGAAUAAUUCAGCCAUGAAAUCAAAGGUAUGCUGGUUCUGGGAAGAGCACCAGUUCCUCAGCUCACGUCAAAGCCCUCCCUUAUGUGAACGAGCAUUCAGAUGACGUGAGGAUUACAUAGCAAUGUCUGUCUCUGAUGGAAGCCUAACCAUCCUUGUAUGACGGCCCCGUAACUGUACUGGUUAACCAAAUAAAAACUUUUCCAAAUACCCUGACCUGACCUAUUUAGAUUUACAGCCCUGGUCGCACACUGGCUGGGCACAGUUUCUAGCUUUUGUGAUCGCUCAGUUCCAAAGCAAAAGACAGCCUAUGUUAUCACUGGCAAGUAAACCGCUUCCUUAACAUACCAGUGACAAACGGACUGUAUUAUAAACAUACGCAUGAGUGUAUGCCAGUAGUGCGAGUUUUAAGGGCUCAUGUAUAAAAUGUUUGUGUGUGUCUGUGAUUCAAUUAUUCACCUUAUUUAACUCUGAAGUUAGAUUUGUUAUUGCUCUCCUGAUUUUUAUAUUUGCAAUUACAGAGAUGCCUUAGAAAUCGGCAACAAUCUUUGCCACGAUAGUCUUAGAUUUUACAUAGAAAGUUACAUUUAACUGCUUGAAAAAGGUACAAAGCAAUCUUGUUCCCAGGCUCUCAGGGAAAGGAAGGACUGAAAAAUUCACUUUACAGCAGCUGCCGUUGUCGCAUUAGCAAACGAUGCAUGCAAUACCCGACUUUGUUCUCUCAUUUAAUUUCCCUCAAUGCAACUGCAGAGACAUAAAGUUAGACCCCACUUGCAGACAAAUUAAUAUAAAAUGCUGGGCUUAAUCAUGGUGCCAUGUAACAUUUUAAUCAGCAAUAAAAUAAUUCCUGGGGGCAAAACUAAAACCAAAUAGGUUGCUUCCAAGAUGCUUUUGCUGUUUCAUUCAACUAUCAAACAUAGAAACUACAGAAGCAGAGUUCUUAAAUGAUCCUGCUGAAUUUAUGUUAUUAAAAAGAUGCACUGUAGAUCUUUUAAGAAUGUGAAAUGAUUUGCCUGAGAUAAUGCCAGCAAUGAAAUAAGACCAUUCAAUUCAGAACUGUGCAUAUAUGAAUUUUUCCCAUGAAAAUGGUUUUCAUACAAGAAUAAAGUCCAUAUCACAAUG